AUGACUCCUGGGACGUGUGGUAGUACCGGCGCUGUUCUUAUGCCUUCUCUUCCGCGGACCCAUCAAGGCCAUAGUUCUACCGGUGCAUACUAUGCCCUAUCAAUGGCUGGAAGUUUUCAUUCUGUCGUCGUCCAGGCUCACUUGGCUGGCAUGGGCGGUGGCGUCAAGGGGGCGUCGAAAACUCUUUCAAACACACUGCAGCACCCACGACGAUCUCACCGCUCUUCAGAUUGGACGUCUUCAGCAGACCGCAUUUUCAGCUUCAGCUGUGCAUUAUAUUUCCCUACUUCAGUUAUUUCAUUACAAAAGAAUGGCUUAACUAAUGUAGAAGUUGUACUUACCACACAAGGCAAGACUGAUGCGGAAACUAAGGAAAUCAUGGACAAGGUUAGAGAAGAGAAUCAAUCAGCCACCGAUCAGAUCAAGGAUUAA